AUGACAAACGCACCAUUCACGGUUCCCCAGACCUGGGCCACGCAAUCUAUCCAUGAUUCACUGACGUCUAAUAAUCCGACACUGGACGUUACUGCCAAUCCAGGAAAUAUUAUAAAGACCAAUUUCCCUGCUCUAGCCGAUGCCCAGAUCGUACGCUGGCACUAUUUCAAUGUCGAUUGUCUUGGCCAAGCCUAUGGCGACAUUCUCGAGGAUUACCCUGUCCCGACCGUUAUCGGUCACCCUGGCCCUCACACGGUCAACGGACUGAAUCGGUUCAAGCAAGUUGUCAUAGACAACCUCUUUCCGAGCCUAGCCCAUCCCAUUCAAACUGGCGCAACCGUGCUCGGGGCCCGCCUUGGAGCUAGGCUACCCAAGGUCCUGUUCGAAAAGGACACCGUGGUGGACUGGCCUCGUCGCUCUGGGCUAUCUCUCGUCUCCGAUGACGGAACCCGUUUCCUUGUCGGUUGUGUUCUGAUGGCAUCCCAGUGGAGUUCUUCGCGGCUCGAAAGAUCUCACUUCUACGGGGAGGCGGCAACCCUACCGCUCCGGCGUGUAGCCGCCUAUUGCUUGUCUACAGACACCCGCUACGGGUUUGUUCUGACCACAAGAGAAAUCGUCGUUGUCCGAGUCAGCGGCACAGCCCACGACGACCGUCAGCCUUGCCGCAUCGAGUGGCAGGCAGUCCCUUGGGAUGCAUCAGGCCCGGGAACACUCACGGUCAAUCUUGCCUUGUAG